UGAGGUUCUUUGGGUGAUUGUCAAACCUAAUGGCGAGUAUGAAAUGUACACUGUAGUCAACUAUAGUGACUAUCCCCAUGGAAGACAUGAGAGUAUUACAGAGAGAGGACUAUCAUUUGGGGGGUAUAUUGAGUGUGAUCUCCGACUGACAAUAACUCCAACUGAUCUGAGGUACAAUGGAGCUAAAAUCACAGGAAUUGUGCGUCUUCCUGAGUGUUUUAACACUUCCAACACUACCAAUACCACAACCCUUAGAAUACAAGGUCUCCUAAAAGCUCCCACUGAUGUAAGUGUUGAAGCAGAU